AUGGACCUAUUUGCAGUGUUGGCUGAAGACGGAGGUACUGGUGUACCACUUGCAUAUUGUCUGGUCGAGCUGCUGAAGCCUCCCCAGGCCAAUCCGGCAGAGAAUAAACCCGUUCGUGCGAAUCCUGGGGCAACUACAUAUAUUAUUCAACAAUUUCUUGAGCGGCUGAAAAAUUUUGGGUUUAACCCGAAGUGCGUUGCGAUUGACAAGGACCCAUCCGAAAUUGCCGCGGUCACGGCAGUGUGGCCUGGGGUGAAUGUUCAGCUUUGCUACUGGCAUGUCAAACGGGCAGUAAGCACGAAGCUCAAUUCGUCCAAAAACACCAACACGCAAAAUCACUACUGGCCUGAGGAAGCCCAAAAGCUGAUCCCUGAUUUGGAGAUCUGCUGGGGCUCGUUGCCAAUCCGCCGGCCGGUGAGCCAUAGAUUUGGCGGGGGGGGGCAUAGAUUUGGCGGUUGCUCAUGCCCGUCAAAGGGUGAGAAAAUCGACGUACUGGGGAGACUGGAGCCCGCAACCAAGGAGGACCGUGACACGGUGCUGGAGAUUUUCUGCCGACAUUUUAACCUCCAUCCCCUCAUUCCUGAUUCGAACGGGACAUACAAGUCUUCGACGACUUUGCAUCGUGAAUGCGCGGCCGAGAUGUAUACAUGGUGUAAGGCCCGGGGUUAUUACCGUCUUUGGGCUUAUCUCUGA